UGCACCUGCGCCCUCCCUCCGCAGCUCGACGACACACACCAGUCCAUUUCCUCACCGCCAACACCGCUGAAGCCGGCGUCUGCCUCACAUUUGCUUCACACCGAGCAACUACUACUACUAAAAAAAAAAAAAAAAAAAAAAAAAAAAAAGACAUAUACCUCGGGCUCCAGUUUGUACAAUGUGGGCUGGCGGGCAGCAAAGAAGACAGUGACCCAUCUCCGGCGGGGGAAAUGCAGUACACGGAGCCCAAAGCGGCACCUGGGAGCUCCGUUUCAAACAAUGCGACCACACAGCAGCCUUCGGUACAUUCAAAUGGGCACAUUGUGGCCCAUAAUGUCUCCAGCCCCACGACUGUCCCACAGCCUCAGCACGACUCCCGACCCUCGACUCCUGCACCCACUCCAGAGUCUUAUGUCCCAAGGGAGCAGUGGGGCGGGAAGUACGAAUUCCUGCUGUCUUGUAUUGGAUAUUGUGUGGGACUAGGGAAUGUGUGGCGGUUCCCCUACCUUUGUUACCGCAAUGGAGGAGGUGUGUUUCUUAUCCCCUACUUCAUUAUGCUCUUUUUUACGGGGGUCCCUCUCUUCCUGAUGGAGCUGAGCUUGGGCCAGUACGGAGCAGCCGGCCCCAUCACUGUGUGGAAGUGCUGCCCUCUCCUCAAAGGUAUAGGCAUUGGGAUGCUGUGUGUGUCCACCCUGGUGUGCCUCUACUACAACGUCAUUAUAGCCUGGACAUUUUACUACCUGGGCAGCUCUUUCCAGAGCCCUUUACCCUGGUCCUGUGAUGCCAUCGCCAACUCUGCCCUUUGUGGUAAUGCCACCACUAACAGCUCCUCUGGCACAAGCCUCAGCCCCACCGAGGUUUUCUGGAAUGAGCGCGUGCUGGGUGUCGUAAACAGCGAGGGCCUCCACAACCCGGGCCCCGUGCGGUGGCCUCUGGCUCUGUGCCUCCUCGCCGCCUGGAUCAUCAUUUUCCUCUGCAUGCUCAAGGGCAUCCGCAGCUCUGGCAAGGUGGUUUAUGUAACAGCGACAUUCCCAUACUUUGUACUCAUUGUCCUGGUCAUCAGGGGAGCUACGCUGGAAGGCUCACUCCAGGGUGUUGCCUUCUACCUCACACCAGACUGGGACCGAUUAGCCAACGCACAGGUGUGGAACGAUGCAGCCUCACAGAUCUUCUACUCGUUAGGUAUUGGAGUUGGAGGGCUGCUGUCUAUGGCAUCGUAUAAUAAGUUUGACAACAAUGUCAUCAGGGACACUCUGAUUAUCACCAUAGGGAACUGCAGCACCAGCUUCUUUGCAGGCUUUGCCAUCUUCUCCAUCCUAGGUCACAUGGCAUGGAGGAAGGGCGUGCCUGUCGCGAAGGUGGCAGAUACAGGUCCUGGUUUGGCCUUUGUUGCUUACCCAGAAGCCCUUGCUCUGCUGCCAGGCUCAGUGUUUUGGUCCAUUCUCUUCUUCCUCAUGCUCUUUAUGCUGGGAGUCGACACUCUGUUUGGGAACAUGGAGGGCAUCACGACGGCGGUGCUGGACGAGUUUCCACAGCUCAGAGGGAACAUGAAGCACAAGUCUCUGUUCCUGGGCUGUCUGUGUUUUGCCUUCUACUUGAUGGGUCUGCUGCUCGUCACCGAUGGAGGGAUUUACUGGUUCACUCUCAUUGACUCCUUCAGCACUAGUUUUGGCCUCAUCAUCAUCACCCUCUUCAUGUGCAUCGGCAUCUCCUUCUUCUAUGGAGUCAACCAGUUCUGUAACGACAUCAUUGAUAUGAUCCGCCACUGCCCUCCCUGGUGCAGCAAAGUGCUUCUUUACUUCAAAGCUUGCUGGGUUUUCUUCACCCCGUUCCUCCUCCUGUUCAUCCUGACCUACAUCUUCAUUGAGAUGUACAACACGUCGCUCCACUACGGCUCCUAUGUGUUUCCUCGCUGGGGCAAAGCGCUGGGUGUGUGCAUGGGUGCGACCUGCUGCCUGCAGAUCCUCAUCUGGGCCAUCGUGGCCGUCAGCAGGGAAACUGGAACACUGAAAGACCGUUUUCAGAAAGCCAUUCGACCUCUAAACUCCUGGAGAGCGAACAACUUAAACAGCACUGGGAGAGCGGAGGAGCAGGUGGAGCCGGAGAGAGUGGAGGCUCCGUUCACAGUCACCCUCACUGACAUGGAUUUCACUGCGAUGACGUGGGAGACAGCAGGCGAGGCAUGACAGCGUGCAGCGCAGCGCUGAGAGACCUCUGUUGUCAAGACACAAAGAGACUCGCUAUUUUGUUAUUUGCCCCCAGCUAAGGGUCUGGCGGCCAUGUCUCAACUGACUACAUGUCCUGCAGGGCAGCGUGGAGUUUAUGCUUUAUUUAUACUGCUCUGAUCUCUGUUUGAAUUAUAUAUUUUUUACACUUUUUUUACACUGUGUAGAAUAUAACACAAAGGCAAAGCUGGGAUCAUCAGAUAUUAGAUGGAUGUAGCAGGGCUCAACCAGGAUAUUUGGACGAAUUCAUCAUUUUAGUGUCGUAAAGAUGGAUGACCAGAACUCACUCACUGCAUGAGGAGGAGCGAAGAGCACACAGUGACACUCGACUUGCUGCCUUCCUCGACCACUGAUGGACAACAACAAAUAAUCUGUCUGUCUACACGAUGACAACAGAGGCACCACCACUUUGGAAUACUGUUGACUAACAUCCCUUUUUAAAAUGAAUUAUUGCUAAAAUUCAAGUACAAAAUAAAUUAUUUUC